AAUCAACUUACAGUUUUAACAUUCUAUUAAUCAAUCGCAAGAAGAAAAAAUGAUUAAACACCUCUUGACAUUUCUCUUUUUGCUCUUUCUUCUCCAGAGCGUAUGUGGGUUUGAAUAUGAAGAAAAAGAGCUUGAGAGCGAAGAAAGUUUGCUUAAGCUCUAUAAUCGGUGGAGAAGCCACCAUCAUCUAUCUUUGAACGUAACUAAUCAAGGUCUGAACAGAUACAAGGUGUUCAAACGCAAUGCAAAGUACAUCCAGAAGAUAAACAAAAUGAAGUUAUCCUACUCUCUGAAGCUCAACCAAUUUGCCCAUUUAACACCGUCGGAGUUCGUUGAUAUGCAUUCAUGUAUAUCUGAAACGAAGACGAUGAUCACCAACGCCACCGACUAUCAACUUACUGAUGUGAAGCCCCCUGAGUCGGUGGACUGGAGAAAACAAGGAGCGGUCACGGAAGUCAAAAAUCAAGGCCGAUGCGGAAGUUGCUGGGCUUUUUCUACGGCUGCAGCUGUGGAAGGAAUAAACUUCCUAAGGACAAAAAGCUUGGUGUCUCUGUCUGCACAAGAGCUGUUAGAUUGUAGCUCUGACCUUAAUACUUGUGUGCGAGGUAACAGGCCUCUAGCAUUCGAUUAUAUUAAAAAGAAAGGAAUCACAACCGAGACACAUUAUCCAUAUAAGGCGAUUAAGGGGUUAUGCGAUCCUUUGAAAAAAAAUGGGCCGAGGGUAACAAUAGAUUCGUACACCGUUGUACCUGCAAACAAUGAAUUAGCCCUUCAAAUAGCUGUGGCAAGGCAGCCGGUUUCAAUUGGAAUUGAUUCUAGUAGUCCACAAUUUAUAUUCUACUCAAAGGGUAUAGUAACCGGAAAAUGCGGAACCGUUCUCAGUCACGCCAUGGCAGCGAUCGGGUAUGGGAUUGACAAGGAUGGGACGAAAUACUGGCUGGUCAAAAAUUCAUAUGGACCGGAGUGGGGAGAGGAUGGUUAUGUCCGCAUUGAGAGAGAUAUUCUGGAAAAGGAAGGGCGCUGUGGCAUUACCAAGCUAGCUAUAUACCCGAACAGAACCCCCGUCCGCUAAUCCGGAUGGUUCAGAAAGCCUGACAUAAAAUAUAACUCUACAAAACGUACUAUGUUAUUUGCAAUAUAAGACAUUAAAACUUUCGCUAAUAGUCUGGUUUAUUGUAAACCCUGAGUAAGCACCAAAUAUAAUAAGACUUUUCUUAACUUUUCGUUUA